AUGGUGAAGUUGCUGCCAGCCCAGGAGGCCGCCAAGAUCUACCACACCAACUAUGUGCGAAACUCGCGCGCCGUGGGGGUGAUGUGGGGCACACUCACCAUCUGUUUCUCGGUGCUGGUCAUGGCCCUCUUCAUCCAGCCAUACUGGAUAGGCGACAGUGUGAGCACGCCACAGGCUGGUUACUUUGGCCUGUUCUCUUACUGUGUGGGCAACGUGCUGUCGUCGGAACUCAUCUGCAAGGGCGGCCCUCUGGACUUCUCCUCUAUUCCCUCCAGAGCCUUCAAGACAGCCAUGUUCUUCGUGGCCUUGGCCAUGUUCCUCAUCAUCGGCUCCAUUGUCUGCUUCAGCCUUUUCUUCGUCUGUAACACAGCCACGGUCUACAAGAUUUGUGCCUGGAUGCAGCUGGCUGCAGCCACAGGCCUGAUGAUCGGAUGUCUGGUCUACCCAGACGGCUGGGACUCCAGUGAGGUGCGGCGCAUGUGUGGUGAGCAGACGGGCAAGUACACGCUGGGCCACUGCACCAUCCGCUGGGCCUUCAUGCUGGCCAUCCUGAGCAUUGGCGACGCGCUCAUCCUCUCCUUCCUGGCUUUCGUGCUGGGCUACCGGCAGGACAAGCUCCUCCCUGAUGACUACAAGGCAGAUGGAAACGGUACCUGUCUUCCUCCAUAG